AUGACAAUAUCAAGUGAGUACUAUCCCAAUGAACCAGAAAGACCUAUAUUGAAGUCAAUCGAACCUUCUGAAGAAACAAUUAAUCAGUUGAAUGAACUAUCAAAAGUAUUCGAUACAAGAGCUGUUUACUUUAUUGCUGAUUAUGAGAAGUCAAUUGGUAACUAUAUUUGCGACCUAGAUGGGAACUAUUAUUUGGAUCUUUAUCAACAGAUUGCGUCAAUUGCUUUGGGUUAUAAUAAUCCUUUGUUGAUCGAAGCUGCAAAAAGUCAAGAGAUGAUCGAAUCUUUGGUCGAACGUCCUGCAAUGGGCAAUUUCCCAUCAAAAAGAUUGCCUAAGCAAUUACAAAAUUUAUUAAGAUUUGCUCCAAAUGGUCAAAAUAAGAUUUGGUCAGGAUUAUCUGGGUCAGACGCAAAUGAACUGGCCUUCAAAGCUGCGUUCAUGUAUUAUUGUGGCAAAAAAAGAGGUUUUAAAACUAAAUAUACAGAAGACGAAAAUGCGAGUGUAAUGGACAAUCAAGCACCAGGUUCUCCAGAUUUAGCUGUAUUAUCAUUUAAGAACGCAUUUCAUGGCAGAUUAUUUGCUACAGCUUCUGUUACUUGUUCGAAACCAAUCCAUAAAUUAGAUUUACCGGCUUUUAACUGGCCGCAUGCACCAUAUCCGGUUUAUAAAUAUCCAUUGGAAGAUAAUCAAGAGUUUAAUAAAAAAGUUGAUGACGAAUGUGUACUGAAUGUUGAAGAAAUUAUUAAAACUUGGUAUUGCCCAGUUGCUGCUUUAAUUAUUGAACCAAUUCAAUCAGAAGGUGGAGAUAAUCAUGCUUCUGCUUUAUUUUUUGCAGUCUUUGAGAGAAUUACUUUAAAAUAUGGAAUUGUUUAUAUUAUCGAUGAAGUCCAAACCGGAGUGGGUGCAACUGGUAAAAUGUGGUGCCAUGAACAUGCCGCUAUUGAACCACCCCCUGAUUUAGUGACAUUCUCUAAGAAAUUUCAAAGUGCCGGGUAUUUCUUCCAUGAUCCAGAUUUUAUCCCAAACAUGAAGUAUAGGCAAUUUAAUACAUGGUGCGGUGAUCCAGCACGAUUUUUAAUUGCCAACGUAAUCUGUGAAGAAAUCGUUAAGAAGGACCUGAUCACACAUGUCAACGAAGUUGGAGACUAUUUGAUGAGUAAGCUAACUAAAUUGGCAGUUGUUUAUCCAAACUACUUACAAAGAUUAAGAGGUGCAAACAGGGCAACUUUCAUUGCCUGGGAUGUUGAAAAUAACGAACAGCGAGAUGAAUUGUUGGCGCUUUUAAAAAGCAAUGGCUGUAACGUAGGCGGUUGCUCAACAAAAUCUAUCAGAUUGAGGCCAUCACUUACAUUUGAUAUUAAACAUGCGGAUAUCUUUAUUGAAGCUCUUGAAAAAUCGCUUUACGAAUUGUCUGCUUGA